AUGUCGAAGUCAGAAUCUGCUCUGAAGCCCCGAAGGUUCGAAGUAAAGGGCCUUGCUCUAGUUUUUGCAUGCGGCACUGCGCUGUUCAGUGAUGGCUACCAAAACGGCGUCAUCGGAACAGUUAAUACACUCAUUAAACGGAUUUACGCAGAUGAACUGUCCAAGGAGGAACUGAAGGAAUACAGUACCUCGUUUACGUCCAUAGGUUUUGCAGGAAUUGUCCUAGGGAUGGUUUCUUUCGGAAUCCUUUCCGACAGAUGGGGCCGGAAAGCUGGGAUGAUGGCCGCGACUCUGAUCGUCUUUGUCUUUGCGUGUCUAUCAGCUGGCGCAUACGGUGCUGGAGGAAGCACAAUAGGGAUGCUACAGGCCCUCAGUGCUUACAGAUUCUUUGGUGGGAUCGGCAUCGGGGCUGAGUAUCCCUCUGGGAGUGUGGCUGCCGCCGAGAAUACCGAGCAGGAAGGCGUUCCUACCAAGUCUCAAAACGGAAUUUUCGCCCUCGCCACAAACGCUAUGAUUGAUGUUGGGUUCGUGGUUGCAGCCCUUGUCCCUCUUAUCCUGUAUCAAAUCUUUGGCGAGGAGCAUUUGCGGAUCGUCUGGCGAAUGUCACUUGGCCUUGGCGCCAUUCCACCACUCCUUGUCCUGUUUUGGCGUAUCAGAAUGGACGAACCAGAAAGCUUCCAGAAAUACUCCAUGAAACGGAUACCGCUCUCAGCAUAUCCGUGGAGGCUUUUGUUUCGCAAGUUUGGCUGGCAAUGGUUUGGCUUGUGCCUAGGAUGGUUCAUCUACGAUUUUAUCACAUAUCCUUUCGGCAUCUACGGUUCUACCGUUGUUGAUACUAUCACUGGCAAGUCUGCAGACUUGACAAUCGUUCUAGGAUGGAACGUUGUGAUCAACUUAUUUAACGUGCCUGGCUCCAUAAUCGGCGCCCUGUUGGUGGACAAGAUCAAACCGAAAACAUUGAUGACGAUUUGUUUACUUCUACAAAUGACCUUUGGAUUCUUCAUGUCUGGCUUUUAUGAAUAUUUAACCAAACAUAUCGGUGGAUUCGCUGUGAUGUAUGGCCUAUUCCUAUCUCUUGGUGAAGCCGGCCCGGGUAAUUGCUUGGGCAUGUUAGCAGCAAAAUCAAGCCCUGCGUCCAUUCGUGGUAUUUUUUAUGGUUCGGCCGCUGCCGUCGGCAAACUAGGGGCUUUCGCUGGCACAUGGAUUUUCCCAGUAUUGAUAGAUGCCUUUCCAGAGGGCGCAACCAAAGACACAGGGCCAUUUUGGGUAGGCAGCGGUCUGUGUGCGCUCUCGGCAGCCGUGAUGUGGUUCACCGUUGUGGAAUUGGAGGAAGAUCACAUGAAAGCUAUCGACCGCGACUUCUAUGCUUCUCUACAGCUCCAAGGCUUCGACGUCAACCAAGUCGGCAUGAAACCUCGAAGUAACAUCUCCGACGAUUCAAUCAUGUUUCCAGCAGCACCACCCUUUUCAAACGAAAAAGAUAUCCCAACCGAAAAGGUGAUUGAAUGA